AUGGAUAACCUUAUGGAUAACCUUAUAGAUGAUCCUAUGAAUAACCCUAUAGACAACGAUUAUAUUAAUGAUAGUAAUGUUUACAAUGUAUCAGUCUCUAAUAACUCAGCCUCAAUAUCUUUUGUGCUAAUUUUUAAUAAAACCACAAGCAAAACUAUGAGUAAAACUAUCAGCAAAAAUGUAAGCAAAACUACUAGCAAAAAUGUAAGCGAAUCUACUAGCAAAGAUAUAAGCAAAACUACUAGCAAAAAUUUGCAAGCUAUCACUCUUGAUAAUGCUUAUUCACGAAAAUCACUUAUAGAUAUCAAUGAAGACCUUUUUCAUAACUAUUGUUUUGCUCACAUUCUGAACCUUAUAGUAAAAGAUGGAUUAAAAAAAAUUUUAGGCAUUACUGAAAAAUUUAUUAGCAUUGCUAAUAAUUACUUAUUAUGUUAA